AUGCCCCCCAGCCCGGCCCGACUCAGCCAAGCCGAGGGAAGCACUACGGACCAGUCCAGAACCCAAGGCGCAGGGCUCGUUGCCUGUGCUCGAGGGAGAUCAGACCGCUCCGGAAGCACCCUUCCUCACCCGGAGAAACCCACGAAGUGGGUCCUGAAGCAGGAAGUUCUCGCGCGGGCCCUUCGCGAGAGCCCUCGUGGCUCUGCAGGCGGUCCCACCGGCUGGCGCAUGGACUUCUUACGCGAACUCUUCACGCACCCCGGAGACCUCAAACUCCUGGGGGCAUGGCUUCAGGCAGCAGCAAGAGGGGAUGUGGGGCAGGGGGUGGCGCAGUGGUGGACCUCGAGUUCGCUAGUGGCUUUGGAGAAACCAGGUGGCGGUGUCCGCCCGAUCGCAGUGGGGGAAGUCUUCCCUCGCCUCCUGGCCCGGUGUCUCGCGGUCGACUACCAUGACGCCAUCAUCCGACACCUGAAGCCGAAAGGGCAGUUUGGGGCUGGUGCGCGGAACGGAGCGGAGACGGUUAUCCACGGGGUGCGCGCUGCAUUGAAGGCUAACCCCACCUGGGGCGUUCUUCAAAUCGAUGUUAAAAACGCUUUUAACUCAGUUUGUCGGCAGGCGCUCUUCAAGGAGUUGGUCAAGGGCCCAUUUGUGGGCAUGACCCCGUUUCUGCGAACCCUCUACGGGAGUCCCUCCCCACUCUUGUACAGAGCCGAUGCAACACGGCACACCUUGUGGUCGCGAACAGGAGUGAGGCAAGGGGAUCCUCUGGGGCCGUUUCUCUACGCACUAGCACAACAACCUGCUCUGGAGGCGGUGAAGGCGGCGCACCGAGACGUCUUCUUAUGCAGCUAUGCGGACGAUACGUACCUGCUGGGGGAGCUGGACGCGAUUGGAGCUGCUUUCCCUUCCCUUUGUAAGGAGCUUCAGUGGUACGCGCCGAGUGGCAAGCGGCCGUCCGCCGACAACCCGCUCUGCGAGAUGACCGAGGCUGCGGAGGGCCUUGUGAUCCUGAACGACGACAGCUUACUCAACCCUGGCAAGGUUAACAAGGCAGCGCAGACGCAGAUCACUCUACCGGAACGGAUGGGUGGCUUCGGGGUCCAAUCAGCCGCGAGGACAGCUGACUUGGCGUAUGUGGUCAGCCUUCUUAGUGUCGCUGGGACCCUGAAGUCCUUCUUUCAGAUGGGAGGGAAGAGCAUUCUCGGAGUCGAGGACAGCGAGGCGCCUUUCCCGCCCAUCUUUGAGGAGGCUGAGUCGGCGCUGAAAAGGCUUCCAGAAAAAGUCCGCACGAAGCUGCCUACGUGGAAGACAGUCGGGGAGAGAGGGCUUGAACGCGGAACUUUCACGGUUUUGGCACGGGAGCUGCAGAUUGAGGCUUUGAACGGGAUCCGGAAGUCCCUUAACCGGCCCCGCCACAAGGCCCGAUUGACCAGUUUGCAGCUGCAGAACGCGGGCGCGUGGGUCUCGGCUCUACCGUCUCGACCGGACCUCCAGCUCGAAAGCGACGACUGGGCGAUUGCGGCGAACCUUCGGUUGGGUCGGGACAUCCCACACCUCAUUCAGGCGGGGACUUGCUCGUGCGGGAAGGACUUAUCCACUUGUAACGCGGCGGGGCAUGCUCUCAGGUGCUCCACCAAGUACGCGCCGUCUAUCCCCCACAAUGCCAUCCGGGACCAUGUGGCGAUGGUCUGCAGGGAGGCGGGCAUGCAGACGACGAUGGAGGAUAAGGCUUUUUUCGGUGGGAAAGCCGAUCCCGGAUGUC